UUAAAUCGAGGUGUUUUCAAUCGAAAAGUGGGCAAAAUGCUGCCCAAAAAAAUAAAAAUUGGAGUAACGCUAGGACUCCUUUUAUUUUGCUUUAGCAAUAAUUUUGUAGCGGCAAAUACUCGUGAUGGUUCAAAUUUCUGGCAAGAUGGCCCUAUAAAUUGUUAUACCUGUGAUAGCGUAUCAGAUUGUUCUGAAAGUAAAGGUACAUUACGCAAGUGUGAGAACAAUAAUGCGCAGACUUGCUUGACCGUCUUCAAUGAAGAUAGCACAGUAGCACAACGUGGUUGUAGUGAUAGUGUGGCUGCUACCUAUAGUAGCUAUUGCAGUAGUAAUCCAACAAAAUGUCCGAGUUGUUCGUCUACUGGUUGUAAUGUAGCCGACUCUUUGGAUGUGUAUGUGGAAUGUUUAUCAUGUGAUUCCGUGCAGGAUUCAAAUUGUUUAUUACAACCUAAUGCAGUAGAAACGAAGAAACUAUGUCCAGGAGAUUGUAUGACUGCUCUUUAUCCAACUGCAUUUGAUGGUACCAGCUCAAAUUAUCAUUUAGUUCGUACUUGUUUGAAUGAUCGUGAUCUUGAUGAGAGAACUGCUUGUGCUGCGGGCAAUGAUGAGAAAUGCAGAAGUUGUAGUGGUGCUAACUGCAACAUACAUUUACUUCCAGAAACACGUUUGAGAUGUUAUCAGUGCGAAGGAGAUGAAUGUCAGGACCCCACAGCAGAAGAGUGCCCAGUCUUUAAUGAGAAUAUAGGUUGUUAUAUGCGUUUUGAGUCUGAAACGCUUGAUCUAGUGCAGAUGGGUUGCACUUCAGAGUUUGAAAAUGAAACUAUUAUCUCCGACUUGGUUAAAAGCAAAUUGUUGUAUGUUUGCACAACAGAUAAUUGCAAUGGUUAUGAGUAUGCACCAAAUCCCAAUGAAUGUCUAAGGUGUAGCUCCACUGCAGAUGAAAACUGUGCUAGUGGACCAAGAAUGUUAGCCACUGAAAAUAAAUUAUGCAAUACCAUGCCUUAUACGCAGUGUUUCCAACGUGUGAAUAGUGACGGUAUUACUGAACGCGGUUGUCUUGCUGAGUUAGAAAGCGAUGAAUUCUUCGACUGUUUAACAAACGCAAAUGGUGAAUGUAAAUCUUGCAAUGGAUAUGAGUGUAACAAUGAGAUUAUACCGAACGAUCGUCCCAAAUGUCAUCGUUGCUCUUCUGAUAGCGAUUCCAGCUGCCAAAACUUGCCAAAAGCACUUGGUGUAUGCCCAAUAUAUGACAAAAAUGAUGAAUGUGUUUCAGUUUACGAAAAUGGCAUAACACGACGUGGUUGUUUAACAGAAUUAAGUUGUGAUACAAAUGCUAAGAGUUGUAACAUCUGUAAAGGUGAAGGAUGUAAUGAUCUAAAUAUUAAAAAACGCGCUGAAGAUAUAUUUGGAGUUUUCCAAGAUUUGCCAUUGAGUUGCUACUCGUGUAGCGGAGAAGAAUGUUUGACUGAUACGCUUAGUAAGCUCGAAUGCCAAGGUGACAUUCAUCAGGAUUGUCUUACUGUGUUUGAUGCAACUGGCAAAGUGGUUCGUCGCGGUUGCGAAUCAGAUCUUCAAUCUGAAUAUGAAAAACAUUGCGAAGAUAAUCCCAACUUGUGUUUUAAUUGCAAAUCAAAUGGUUGCAAUAUUGUAACGGACGCAACUAAAUAUCAGGAAUGUUUGAUCUGUGAUUCAGCAGAUAAUGCAGAUUGCCUUUUUGAACCAAGUAGUGUGUUGACAACACGCAAAUGUGUGGAGGGCUGUUUGUCAUCACUAUAUCAAAGAAAGUCAGCACCACAAGUUUAUGAUUUUGUACGGAGCUGUUUUGAAGAUAUGGAACUCGAAAAUCGUGAUGAUUGUACUGCAGACAAUAAUUGUGUUAAAUGCACUGAUGGAAAUAAAUGCAACACACAGGUCUUGCCCAUUGAGGGCCGUUUGAGUUGCCAUCAUUGUGAUGGUGCAGAUUGUAAUCUCCCCACAUCCAAGUUAUGUACAGGCUACAAUAAGGAUGAACAGUGUUACAUGUAUUUCGAUAAUGUCACUCAUAGUACUUUGCGGAUGGGUUGCAAAAGCGAUUUGACUGAUGAUCAGAUCAGUGCUGAAGUUAAACAGUACUUUAUAUGUGAUGGCGAUGAUUGCAAUACAUAUGAAAAUUUACCAGAAGCAAAUUUAUGCUAUGUUUGCAAUUCUGCUACGGAUGAAAAUUGUGCUGCUGAUCCCACUAAAAUCUCUGCACAAGCUCGUUGCCAAAACUAUCCAUACACUGAUUGUUAUACACGAAUCCGUAGUGAUGGACAUACGGAACGUGGUUGCUUAAGUAGUUUACAAAAUAUUGACUUUCUGGAUUGUUUAGAAGGAUUGAAUGGUGUUAUCUGUAAAGUAUGCACUGAAAGCAACUGUAACAGAGCGCUUUAUCCGAGUGGUCGUCAGCAAUGUUAUCGCUGUAAUUCUGUCACGGAUUCAAAUUGCGAAGAUGCACCAAGCACAACGCAGGCAUGUCCUUUGUACGAUCCAAAUGACAGCUGUGUUACCAAAAUCGUUAAUGAUGUAACAUAUCGUGGAUGUGGAACUGAACUUAACUGCAAUGAUGCUAGCUACAAAUCUUGUCGUUCAUGUGAAAGUAAUAAUUGUAACACGCUUAACUUGAUCAAUGAAGUUAUUGGCGAUCCCGGCAUGUUUCAAGAACUGCCCUUAAAUUGCUAUCAGUGCAAUGGUACUGAUGAUUGUCUGACUACUUUGAGAUUAAACGUUUGCGAGAAUAACAAACUCCAAACUUGUACUGUUGAGUUCAAUAAAAAUGGUGCUGUAGUAGCACGUGGUUGUAGUGAUAAAUUUAAAGAUGCUUGCGAAAGUGCUGGCAACACAUGUUACGAUUGUAAAUCUAAUGGUUGUAACACCGCAAAAGAGAAAUCAGAUUAUGUAGAUUGCAUCUUUUGUGAUUCACAAAAGAACAACGACUGUAUUUUUGAUUUGUCAACCGUCCACCGUACACGUAAAUGCAACAAAGGCUGUAUGACUGCACUGUAUCCACGCACAAAUGACGCUGAACCUCCAUAUGAACUUAUACGUACAUGUUUAGAUGAUAUGGAUUUGGAUGAUCGGAAUGUUUGUGAGAAUGGUAAUGAUUUAAAUUGCAAGUCUUGUAGUGAUGGUAACUGCAAUAAUGAUGAUUUGGGUGAGCGUAAAUCAUGUUACCAUUGCGAAGGUGACAACUGUCAAGAUCCGAAACAGCAAAUUUGUCGGGCCGUUAUGGAGCAUGAUCAAUGCUUUGUGGCAUUUGAUGAAACUCGUUCUAUUGUAGAAAUGGGUUGUAAAAGCAGCUAUGAUCCUGAAGAUGUUAAAAUACUUUUGAUGGCAAAACGUAUGUGGCUAUGUGAAGACGAUAAUUGCAAUACCAUUAACAAUGUGCCAACAGCAAAAGCUUGCGCUAUUUGUAAUUCAAGAACAGAUAAAAAUUGCGCUAUUGCACCAGAUAAGGUCACAUCGAAAACAACAUGCUCAUCUGCGCCUUAUACUCAGUGUUACACAAGAUUAGUAUCAAAUGGCCACACUGAACGCGGUUGUUUAUCGAGCUUGGAAGAUGAAACUUUCUACAACUGCUUGCAGGGACUAAACUCUACUGAUUGUGUGGCUUGCAGUGACGCUAGUUGUAAUUUGGAGAUAUUCCCCGAAGACCGUCGCUCCUGUCAUAUUUGCAAUUCUGCAACUGACGAUAAUUGUGAAGUUGCACCAAAAUCAGAACAAAUAUGCCUGAAAUAUUCACAAGAAGAAAAAUGUAUCAGUUUAUUAAACGAAAAUGGCGAUACAGAACGUGGUUGUAGUUCCGAACUUUCCUGUGAUUCAACCGAUUCUAUGACUUGUCAGAUUUGCACUGCUAACGAUUGUAACUUAUCUAAUCUUAAGCGAAAAAGCGAUGGUAAACCUGGUAAAUGGCAAGAUUUACCACUUACUUGUAAGAUAUGUGAUGGUGUGAGUGAUUGUCUGAAUCCAUUCGAUAACUCUGCUAAAUGUACUGGAACCGAAUAUUGUAUGACAGUAUUCAACGAAGAGGGUUUUGUUGUCAAGCGUGGCUGUAGCGAAAGUGUCGAAAAUGAAUACGGCAGUUUUUGUGAUGCAAAUUCGCAAAACUGUCACAAUUGUAAUUCCAAUCAUUGUAAUAUAGCUACUAGCUUGACCGAUUACAUAUCAUGUGUAUAUUGUGAUUCUGAGAGUAAUACAAAUUGUGUGCUAGAUCCCGAAACGGUAAAGACAAAACGCGUUUGCUAUAAGCACUGCAUGACUGCCCUAUACCCACGUGCUAAUAGUAGUUCAUAUGCAUUGGUACGUAGUUGCUUAGAUGACAAAGAUGAUAAAGAUACCUCAAUUUGUUAUCAAUCGGGUCAACAAUGUUCAACUUGUUAUUUGGAAAACUGUAAUACUAAUAUAUUACCAGAAGAUCGUUUGUCGUGUUAUACUUGUACAGGUGCAAACUGUGAAGAUCCAGGAAAAGCACUGUGUUCAUCUUAUAAAGUGAAUGAUCAGUGUUACAUGCUCUUUAAUUCGAACAGUGAUAUUGUGCAAAUGGGCUGUGUUAGUGACCAACCCGAUUCAUUUUUAACUGAUAAUGUACUAUCGCUUUUUGUGUGUAAUGAUGCUAAUUGCAAUAGUUUCGAUAAUAUACCAAAAUCAAAAUUAUGUGUAGUGUGCGAUUCCUUGGACGACCCACGCUGCGCAACAAAUCCCGAUGAUAUACCCUUAGUAGAGACAUGUAGUGCCUUACCUACGACGCAAUGUUUUACACGUGUACUAAGCUCUGGUGCUACUCAACGUGGCUGUGUCAACACUCUUAGCAAGAAUGAUAAGACAAAUUGUCUAACUGGUGAUGGUACGAAUUGUGUAACAUGUGAUAAUGACGUUUGCAAUGUAGCUAUAUAUCCAGCGGAUCGUCGUCGUUGCCAUCGUUGCAAUACUGUUGAAGAUCCUACUUGUGAAAAUUCUCCUAAUUCCGAAUCUGUUUGUCCCAAUUAUUCCACAACUGAGAGGUGUUCGGCAAAAUUAGUAAAUGGACAUACUUAUCGCGGCUGUAGUUCAGAGUUUAUUUGCGACGAUACGGACAAGCAAUAUUGUCGUAUGUGUUCCAGCAAAGAUAAUUGCAAUUUAGUCGAUUUAGUUAGUCAAGGCAUUGGUUAUGCUGGAACAUGGCAAGCACGUCCCAUUAAUUGCUACACAUGUCUAGGAGUAGAGUGCCAGUCAGAAAGUGCAGGUUUACUAAAAGUAUGUGAAACAAAUUAUUUACAGAACUGUGCUACUGUAUUUGCAUCGAAUGGUACUGUUGUACAGCGUGGUUGUUCUGAUCUAAUUUACGCGCAAGAAUAUGGACAAUAUUGCGAUGAAAAUCCAGAUAAAUGCAAAUUCUGUAAAUCGAAUGGCUGUAAUAUUGCAACAAGCUUAGAUAAUUUCGUCGACUGUUUAUAUUGUGAUGGUAGCGAAGACAAAAACUGUAUCUCAAAAGUGAGUGAGAUCACUACAACGCGCACUUGCCACCAGAAAUGUAUGACUGCACUUUAUCCACGUACAGAUGAAGAGAAUCCUGCAUAUGAACUUGCUAGAGGUUGCUUGGAUGAUAUGGAUCUAAUUGACCGUAACGAAUGCGUUAAUGGUGAAAAUAAUCUAUGCCAAGCUUGUGAUAACGGUGCAAGCUGCAAUAAAGCUUUAAUACCCGAAAAACGAUUGACAUGUAAUUUUUGCACCGAAUCUGAUUGUGAUGAAUUUGUACCGAAUGAAUGUUCCGCAUACAGAGAAGGUGAUCAAUGUUAUAUGAUGUUUGACAGUAGCAACAGUGUUACGAAAAUGGGCUGUGUAAGUGACUUGGAUACAUCGUUCAUUCAAUCACACAGACGAAGUAUGUUCUUAUGUGAUAAUGAUAAAUGCAAUAACUAUGACAACUUGCCUGUUCCAAAAUCCUGUUUAGUUUGUAAAUCAAACGAUAAUACUGCAUGUGCUGUGGAUCCACAGCGCAGUGGAGACAUGGCGGUAUGCAGUAACUUUCCUAAUACGGAAUGUUAUACUCAUGUAGAUGCUUUUGGCUUAACGCAUCGUGGGUGUUUGUCAGAUGUUGAAGAUACUUUAUUUGACGAUUGUGUUAGCGGCAACAGUUCAACUUGUGCUGUUUGCGAUUCCAACAAUUGCAACAAUGAAAUUUAUCCUGAAAAUCGUCGUAGUUGCCAUCGUUGUGAUUCCUCAGAAGAUAAUAGCUGUGAAGAUAGUCCACAAGAUUUUGCAAGUAUAUGUCCCAUCUAUAAUGCGAAUGAUGACUGUGUAAGUAAGAUUGAGGGUAACAGUUUAUUACGUGGUUGUGUUUCGGACUUUUCUUGUGAUACCAGUCAACGCGACACUUGUCGCAUAUGCAGUGCCGAUAAUUGUAACGUUAUUAAUCUAUUAGCUGGUUACGUUGGCGCCCCUGGUAAAUGGCAGGAGUUGCCCUUAAAUUGUUUGGUGUGCAAUACAACAGAAGACUGCGCCAUUGGUAGCACUCUACACAAAUGCAUGGGCAACAAUUUACAAAAUUGCAUAACUGUUUAUGAUGUAAACGGUAAAGUAGAACGACGUGGUUGUAGUGACGAUGUUGAUGUUACACAUGAGGAAUAUUGUGAAGAACAUGCAGACAAGUGUUUGGCAUGCAAAUCUACUGGCUGCAAUAAUGCAAAUAGUUUGGAUGAUUACAUUGAUUGCUAUGUCUGUGAUGCAACUGAUAGUCAAAAUUGUGCUGUGAACUUUGUGCCUUCCAAUGCUAGAACGCGAAAAUGUCAAGGACCUUGUAUGGUAGCCUUGUAUCCACGUAGUAGUUCAAUUGACACAGCUUACGAAUUAUCACGCUCAUGUCUGGAUGAUUUGGAUUUAGACGAUCGUGUUGAAUGUGCGGCAGGCAGAAAAGACUUAUGCGAGUCAUGUGACAGUGGACGUUGUAAUACAAUGUUAGUGCCUGAUGACCGAAAUGAAUGUUACAGAUGUACGGAUGAGGAUUGUCAGGAUUCUGAAACUCAUGUUUGUAACGCAUAUCAUCCUAACGAUCAGUGUUAUAUACUCUUUAAUGAUGAGUCAUCCAUUAUAAAGAUGGGUUGUCGCAGUGAUUUUGAAUCAGAAAUAGUGACAGAGUUAGUUAAACAAAAGAAACUGCUAUUAUGCGAUGGAAAGAAUUGCAACUCUUUUGGAAGUGUGGACACCGCUAAAAUGUGCUCAAUUUGUAAUUCAGCGGAUGAUUCAAGAUGUGCAACAAAUCCAAAUCUAGUUUCAAAUUUGACAAGAUGUGCUGCUUUGCCUUACGUUAACUGUUAUACUCGAAUUAAUGAACUUGGACAUACUGUGCGUGGUUGUCUUUCAGAUCUUGACGCAGAUAAUUUCUAUGAUUGUCUCAUGAGUGAAGAUGGUCUGUGCGAUACUUGCAAAGGCGAUCAAUGUAAUCAAAUAGAUGUGUUCCCAGCCAAUCGUAGAAAAUGUCAUCAAUGUAAUUCUGCUAAUAAUCCGUUGUGCAGCAGUUCACCCAACAGUAAUACGGUCUGUCCAAUUUAUGAUGCACAGGAUACUUGUGUAACUAAUUUGGGACGUGGAGUCACUACACGCGGUUGCGCUUCAAGCAUGAAAUGCGAUAAUGAUGCCGAUAAACUUACAUGUCGUGUGUGCAGCAGCUCAGGUUGUAAUACUAUCAAUUUAGAAAGAAUUGGUGAAGAAGGUUCACCUGGUAGAUGGCAAGACAUACCAAUUUCUUGUUUAACAUGCAAAGGUAUAGAAGAUUGCAGUGGAAAUAUUUCUUCUGAAACAUGCGAAGAUAAUCAAAAUUGUAUGACCGUCUUUAAUUCUGAGGACAAAGUUAUACAACGUGGUUGUAGUGCUGUUGUUGAAGAAGAUAAUCAAGCAAUUUGUGAUGCAGAUAUUACCAACUGUCCCCGCUGUAAUUCAAAUAAUUGUAACCUAGCUGAUAGCCUUUCCGAAUAUGUCACAUGUUUGUCCUGUGAUACAGAUGUUAACGGCGUUUGUGUACAAAGUGUGGACGAUAUAACUAAAACAAGAAAGUGUCAUAAAGCCUGUAUGACUGCGCUGUAUCCACGUGAACAAGAUGAGAAUCCUGCAUAUGGUUUAGCUAGAUCCUGUUAUGAUGAUCUAGAAAUUGAAGAUCGCAACUAUUGCGAAACUGGUGAGAAAGAGAACUGUAAGAUUUGUAAUGGUGAAAAAUGUAAUACCGCAGUUGUUCCUGAAACUCGCUUAAGUUGUAACACAUGUGAAGGCGACUGUCAAGUUCCUAAGAGUAUGUUAUGCGCACAAUACCGCGAGAAUGAUAAAUGCUACAUACGUUUUGAUGAACAGCACAGCAUUGAGGCCAUGGGUUGCCGCAGUGAAUUUAGUAAUAUUGAAGCAGAUUACCUAUUAAAACAGAAACGCUUAUUCCUUUGUGGAGAAAAUGAUUGUAACACAUUUAGUAUUUUACCAGCAGCUCAACCCUGUUCGCUAUGUAACUCGCGUACAGAUAUAAAUUGUGUGUAUGAACCUGAGAACGCCAUUACGACGACUUGUAACGUACAACCUUACACGGAAUGUUACUCACGCGCCUUAGCUGAUGGUACUACCGAACGUGGAUGUCUUUCGAGUUUAUAUGAUGAUGAAUUUUUAGGUUGUUUGAAUGGAACAGCUCAAAAUUGUGAAGUUUGUAGUGGCAGCAGUUGCAACAAUAAACAAUAUCCUACUGAUCGUUUGAAGUGUCACAUAUGUGAUUCUAGUAGUGAUAAUGAUUGUGAAAAUAUUCCCAAUAGCUUAACUUCCUGUCCCAAAUAUGAUGCAGCAGACAGUUGCGUUACAGCCUACCGUAAUGACAUCACUUACCGUAGCUGUGCAUCGAGCUUGUAUUGUGAUGGGAGCAACAAUAGGCUUUGCGUUAAAUGCACUGGUGCAGGUUGUAAUACCGUUAAUUUAGCUAAACGACAAGAUGAUAAUUUUGGCAAAUGGCAAGAUUUGCCACUGCGUUGUUUAACAUGUGCAGGCAAUGAGUGUAAAAACGAGGAUUUGGAGAGUUCAGUAUGUGAAGAUAAUAAUGAACAAGAUUGCAUAACUGUGUUCGAUACUAAUGGAGAGGUUGUCAGACGUGGUUGCAGUGAUGAUGUUGCUGUAGAUUUUGGAGCUUAUUGUGAUCAAAAUGAUGAGAACUGUUAUAACUGCAAGUCAAAUGAGUGCAACAAUGCAACCGAAACAACACAAUUCAUUGACUGUGUCUACUGUAAUUCUUAUAAGAGUCUGGAUUGCAUACGGAACCCAGUUAGUACCAAUCACAAAACGCGUAAAUGUCAAGGUGGAUGCAUGACGGCAUUAUAUCCUGCUGAUGGUAGCUCUAAUCCAAGUUAUGAUUUAAUACGCACGUGUUUGGAUGAUAAGGAAACUGAUGAACAGUUGACGUGUUCAAAUGAUAAGGAUGCAAAUUGUCACACAUGUGUUGGAAAUAGUUGUAAUAUUGAAAAUUUGCCGUCAGACCGUUUAAGUUGCUGGACUUGUGAAGGUGAAAACUGCGAUGAACCAGAGUCACAAUUGUGUCCCUUAUACAAAGCCGGUGACAAGUGUUUCAUAUGGUUCGACAAUACGAACAGUGUUAGUCAAAUGGGUUGUGUCAGCUCAUUCCGUGGUCAAGAGCUUGAGAAUAUAAUCAAAACGAAACGAGUGCAUAUUUGUGAGGGUGAAAAUUGCAACACCUUUAGUGAUAUACCAACGGCACAACAAUGUGCGAUUUGUGAUUCAAAUGAUGAUGUCAACUGCGCUGUAAAUCCGAUGCAGAUAGGUUUAUUUAAUACAUGUAAUCAGCUUCCAUACACUAGUUGCUACAGUAAAUUAGCAUCAGAUGGCAGUACAAUUAGAGGUUGUGUAGCAGAUUUGCCGGAAGAUGACUUCGUUGGUUGUGUCUUAGGCACCGACGAAAAUUGUGGUCUGUGUGCUGAUAAUGCUUGUAACAGACAGAUUUUCCCAGCCGAUCGUCAACAGUGUUACUCAUGUACCACCAAUGAGGAUCCAGAAUGUGAAUCAUAUCCUACGAGACAAAUGGCUUGUCCAUUUGUGCGAGACAGUGAGGCUUGUGUCACGUCCUUAAGCAUUAACACUACUGUACGCGGUUGUAGUUCGCAAAUAUAUUGUGAUGCUAACGAUAAACAAACCUGUAGAUCGUGUUUCGGUGAUACUUGUAAUGGAAUUGAUUUACGCAAUAAAGUUGAUGAUGGAUACCACGGUAUGUGGCAGAGCUUGCCUUUAAGAUGUCAUGCAUGUGCAGGUGAGCAUUGCAAACAUUCACUUGGACCAGCACAGGCAUGUACUGGAAAUAUCGAGCAAGAUUGUAUGACAGUUUUUAACGUAAAUGGUGAUAUUAUACGCCGUGGUUGCACAGAUGAUGUUGACGACUACGAAGACUUGCAUUGCCGUUUAAAUCCAGAGCUUUGCUUCAAGUGUAAAUCAAAUGAAUGUAAUAUUGCUUGGAACUUAACUGAUUAUGUUCAAUGUACUUUCUGCAACUCAUCUGAAAAUGCACUUUGUGUUACUAAUGCCAACAGUGAUGCAUUAACGAGUAGAUCAUGCUAUAAGGAAUGUUUGGUUGCACUACAGAAUGGAAAUUUGGUGCGAAGCUGUUUAGAUGACAAAGAAUUAAUGGUACAGCAUGUGUGUCGUGAAAAUGAAAAUGGCAAGGAGUGUGCUAGCUGCGACAAUAAUAGCUGUAAUAGGUUUACCUUCCCCAGUGAUCGCCUACGCUGCCACACGUGUGAAGAUGCUGCAUUAUGUAAAGAGACUAUCGUACAAGAUUGUGUAAAAUAUGAUGAAAAAGAUUUCUGUUUUGCUAAAUAUGUAAAGGGUAAUGUCAAUUUGAGUGGAUGUGGUAGUUCACAAAGUAGUAGCGAUCUCGAAACAUGGGAGAAUAAUUUGAGUUUAUAUAAGUGUAAUGGAAAUGAGUGCAAUGGUUUGGAACGUCUGCCUUUAAACAAUUUUUGCGUAGGCUGCGAUUCAAGUAAAACAUUAAACUGUACAGAAAGUAUCGAAUUUGACACAUUUGUAGAUUGUUUCGCACCACAUAGUGAGUGUAUGACUACAAUUAACUCAGAUGGAGAUACUAUAAGAGGUUGUUUAUACGACUUAGAUAAAUUGGAGCAGGAUUCUUGUGUAGCAGCAGGUACUUGCGCCUCAUGUACUGGUCCUGCUUGCAACUCAGAAUUAUUCCCUGUUAAUCGUCGAAAAUGUCAUGUUUGCAACUCGGUGGCUAACUCGAACUGUAUUGACUCUCCAAACUCCGUUAAAGUUUGUGCCAAAUAUGUUGCGAACGAUAAGUGUGUGACUAAAAAGGAUGAUGACGGCUAUGUACAGCGUGGCUGUGAAAGCGAUUUUACUACAACAUGUGAUGUAAAUAAUGAGAAGAAUUGUGAAAUUUGCGCUCAGGAUGGUUGCAAUAUCGCUGAUAUGUCAGAUGCUGUUGGUGCUAUUCAGAGCAGUGUUUUCAUGACACUACUUUUAGCAAUUUUGCCGCUAUUGUACUUUUUUAAUCAUUAAUAUUAGUAUCUAGCUGAAAUUAACGAAAUUUUAGGAGAAAUCACUCAUUACACUCAUUUGACUGCGAUUGUUUAGCACAGUAGUUUAAUAGAAAUUACCAAAAACUCAUAUGGAUACUUAGCACUGUCUUUUUAUGUUAACGCUAUGAUCUUUUUAUAAGUUAUUAAAUAAAAUUUGUAUAUAAAUCGAAAUAUA